AUGACAUCACAGCAAGAGCUCAGAGACGCUAUUGAAAACACAACCAGACAGUUCCUGGCUGCCUACAAAGAAGCUGGAGAACAAAACAACCCAGCAAUCAUCAACCGUGAUGUCACCGACUCCUGCAAAAGAUACUUCAAGCCAGCUGGUGUUCUUCAGCUAUUCGGAUCGCCUCCGGAAGAUGGCUUGAGUAACGCCGACUACGAAGCCGCCAUGGCUCUCGACCUCGAGAAAUACGUAGUCACUUACAGCGACGUCUCUGACUUGACUAUCGACACCGAGGCACGCAAAUCAGCCGCAACGACUGUGACAGGCAUGAAAUACAAGAAUGGCGAAGAGGACGUCAUAGAGCAUUCGUGGGUUUUGGACUUCAAUGAGGAUGGCUCAAAGGUCACAAAGGUUAUCGAGUUUUGUGAUAUGGAUGGGCUAAGACGGAUGUUCGUCAAAGUAUACAGUGGCAAGGAAGGCACCAGAUAG